AGGUAACCGCGCAAUUAUACGGUUUGGCAGCGUAAACGGAAAAUAGGCGGCCUUACUCGAACACCCAGAUCCCGGCCGCAGCAUCGGUACCCAACUAGGUUGCUUGGAAGUGGGAACGAACGUCCUGGGAAAACCCGUCUGUCGCUGUCCAGGUUCUCCGUGUCUUGAUUUCAUCUCCGCCUACGCGAGAAAUGCGCAACAAGCUCGUGAAGGCUCGGCCACAUUCCGACCAAAAGCCGGCCUUCUCAAUCCACCAGGACGACGAACACAAUCUCUCGUCAGUCACCGUCGUCCAGGCCGAAACUACACCAGCUACUACACCGAGCAAACCAUUACCAAACAAGGCGCCGAAAUCUUUGCAUGACCACCCCUCGCCCAGGUCGACCCUCACUCCCGCCUCGGAGGGCACGAUCAACUCUGCCAUGUCACGGACAGCGGUGGCCGGCGGAGUCAAUGGCAAAGCGAACCCGCCUGCUUCAAGUCCUCCGUUGUCCCCGCGCAUAGUGAACCGCAUGAACUCAACCAUACGAACGGUACCUAGCUUCGACGACAAGCCAAGGCAACCGGGGGAGGAUUCAAGCACCGACGGGACGCCAUCGCACUCGACAUCGCGGGACUCCGGAUUCUCCAGUUCGAUCAACAGCACCGCCAGCAUGUCGUCAGCGACUUCGCAACAACAACAACAGCAGCAGCAGCAACAACAACAACGGGGGGAUGCGAAUCCUAAUGGAAUAAGCAAAAUGCCCUCGAUCAGCAGACUAAAACCAAGCAGCUCAACAACGACGCCGGAUGGCGGAGAAGUCCUUCGCGACACGGCACCGAGGGCACUAAGAUCCCGCCCGAGCUUCGCCGAUUUCGCCCAACGAGAUAGCAGCCUCAGCCCCUCGUCAUCAUUAUUACCGCCCAGCACCAGUGCCGACCCCGGUGGAGGACCCAGCACGACCGAUGCCUCCCUCACAGCGACCGAAGCCAGCCUCUCCCACGGCUGGGACAACUCCGUCGGCAAAGCUGGCCUAGGCAAGACCGGCCGCGUGAUCAACCGCCUCGUAUCCGACAACGAGGCCCUCAAGCGCGACAUCCAGAUCGAACGUCUCCGCGCCGAAGAAUCCCGCCAGACCGCUCGCCUUCUCGAAGACAAGCUCGAGCGUGUCGUCUCCGACUACGAGUCGCGCCUGCUCGAGGCCAACGUCACCAAGGCACUCCUCGCGCGGAAGGAACGUCAGGUCGAGUCGCUGCAAGACGCGGUCGAGCUCGAGCGCCAGCGGGCCGUCAACGCCGCGGAGCGCGAGCGCAUCUGGAAGGACGAGAUGGAAAAGGCCCGCGCCGAAGCCAAGCGCCAGGUCGAGGAGGCGACCAAUUACGCGGCGUUCUGCGAGGGCCGGUACAACGCGAUCAGCAGCCAUUGGAAGGAGCAGGGGGAAGAGGUGCAGCGGUCCAUAACGAGGAUGCGGAAGGAGGUGGAGGACCUCGCGGCCGAGAGGAAGAGGGACGACGAGAAGAUCGAGACCUUGCGGGAGCUGUGCGACCAGCAGGAUGGGAAUAUACGGGAGCUGAGGCGGCAGAAGGACGAGAUUGAGAUGCAGUUUCAGAGGUAUAAGGCCCAACAGGAGGAGGAGCUCAGAGAGAUCAAGCGGUUGGCGGACCAGAGGGAGAAGGAGCAGGAGCGGAUGCUGCGCGAGGCGAAAGAGGCGCUGGAUAAGUUGCGGUGGGCACUGAAUGUGAAGGAGAAGAUUCCGUGGGCUCAGUGAGGUGCUCGGUCGGAACCGUCCCGCCUUGGGAGAAGGAGGCCAGACUUGGUCCUAUUGCCUCUAGGGAUGGCACCUUUAAGACUGC